CAUUUGGUGCCCACAAUGACAAUGACGGGUUUUCUUCUUCAUGUAAUGUUGGUCUUCACUUUGAUACUCACUUCAACUUCAGCUGCCAACAUCACUACAACCAACGUUACCAGUCUACCGGGUUAUUAUUCCGGUGACCUUCCCUUCGCGCUAGAAUCGGGAUAUAUCGGUAUAGGUGACAAUGAAGAAGUGCAGAUAUUCUACCUUUUCGUUGAGUCUGAGGGAGCUCCCGCAGACGAUCCUUUGUUGCUAUGGUUCAAUGGAGGCCCAGGUUGCUCUGGUCUUGCUGGAUUUUUCUUUGAGAGUGGUCCAGUAACUUUCAAGUUUGGAAAUUACAAUGGGAGCCUACCAGCAGUUCUAGACAAUCCAUUUCGAUGGACAAAGGACGUCAACAUGAUAUACAUAGAUGCACCUGUUGGUGCUGGCUUCUCCUACUCGAAAACUCAAAGCGGUUAUGUUAUGGAUGACUACAAAUAUGUUGCACAGAGCUAUGAAUUUCUGCAUAAGUGGCUGGAGGCACACCCUGCAUAUUUGGAAAAUGUGCUCUACAUAGGUGGUGACUCCUUCUCUGGCAUAAUUGUGCCAAUGAUUGUGCAACAAAUAUUGGAUGGUAAUGAAAAUGGAACUUUGCCUCUAAUGAAUCUCAAGGGAUAUGUAAUUGGGAACCCAGUAACAGAUACAGUCAUUGAUACAAAUGCAAGAAUUCCAUAUGCCCAUCGGCUAACUCUUAUAUCAGAUCAACUGUAUCAGGCGGCGAGAACAAGUUGCAGUGGAGAUUACGUAAACGUAAAUUCAAGCAAUGAUGCAUGCAUUUCAGAUAUUGAUGCUAUUGAUGCACUCACAAAUGAUAUAAAUAUGUUACACAUCUUGGAACCAGUCUGUAGCGAUUCAUUGCCAAGACCAAAGGAGAAGGAGAUAGGUACAGCCCGAAGAUCUCUGAAUGAUUUUCCCGAAGGUUUACUAAGCUCAGCAACCAAUGGACCUGCAUAUUGGUGUAGGAGUUAUAAUCAUAUGCUAGCCUACAUUUGGGCAAACCACCCGAGUGUCCAAGAUGCUCUAGGUGUCCGAAGGGGCACGAAAAGAUUUUGGCAAUACUGUAAUUCAACCCUGGCAUACACUCAAGAAGUCACUAGUGUUAUUAGUCUUCAUCAAAGUCUCGCGACAGUUGGCCUACGUGCUCUGAUAUACAGUGGCGAUCACGACAUGACAAUUCCCCACAUUGCUACACAAAAGUGGAUAAACUUGCUCAAUUUGACUCUGAAUGAGACCUGGAGGGCAUGGUCAGUUGAUAACCAAACUGCAGGGUACACCAAGAAGUUUGUUAAUGAAGUUUUCAAUUUGACGUUUGCGACUGUAAAGGGAGGAGGCCACAUUGCUGCAGAGUACAAAGUCAAAGAAUGCUCUGAAAUGAUUGAUAGAUGGAUGGCUCAAACCCCUCUCUGAGUUCAUAUAUUUAGCCUCUUUAAAAUACCAAAUGGUCCAGCAAAGAUAUGAAGUUUUUGUUUCG